ACAUCUCACCUCCCCAUCUUAUUUUCCAUUCGUCAUCGUCCACGCAUCGACAGCUCGCCCCGUCAUGCUCCGGCUAGAGCACUACCUCCGCACGCCGCCAGCGAUCGCCCCUACCCCCCUGACAGCUCUCCCCCGCAUCCGCCCCCGCGCGGUCAGGCUCCCGCGCGAGGCUCCUCUUCCCAGGGGCAAAACGUCGAGCACCGUCCGCGCGUCAGCUCCGCCGAUGCGGGAGGCCGCUGCGGCGCGGAUGCCGUCUUUGGCGCACCGGGAGGUAGCUCGGGCCCUCGCGGACGAGGCGGAGGCUCGGUUGGGCGCGCAGCUCAUGCCCUCGGCCGUGCCUGCCGACGUCGCCGAGUUCCGCAACGGCGCUGGGAACGCCGUCGGCACGCUGGACGUGCGCCACGGCGCGCCAGACUCACCGAUUGAUUUCAUGUUGCAGUCUUCACUUCACUGCAAAGUCCCAAAUGGCGCAAUUGACAUUACUUCUAUUCUUGUUUUCCUAAAUGCCUCGACUGAUGCACCACAUUUCCUCCUGGAGUUUAUACAAGGCAGCCCAACUUCAAUGGUUGUGAUUCUGGACCUGCUCCCACGCAAGGACCUUGCGCUUCACCCAGAAUACAUCGACAAGUACUACCAAAAUACUCAGCUGGACAAGCAACGCGAAAACAUUGAAGAAUUGCCACAGACCCGUCCAUACCGAUCAACAUCUUUAUUUGUGCGCAGUGCAUGUUCGCCAACAGCAGUAUCGGUCAGCAUUGACUGUGGGCAAGGAGGGGAGAGUAUCUUGGAAGAGAUAGUGUGUGGUCAUCUCGCGUCAGUUGCUAAGGGGGUUCUUCAAAUCUGGCUUGAUAAUUGCACUGGUAACACCUCAGAAAUGGAAGAAGUUGAGAGAGACAUCAUGGUCAAGAGGGACCGAGUUGUAAGAUUAAAAUCAAUCGAGGUUGAUCUGACUGCAAAUUUGCCGAGGAUGUUUGGGCCUGAGGUGUCUGGCCGUGUCAUCACUGAAAUUCGCAGAGCCUUUGGGGUACAAGAGGCCUAGCAUUCAGAAGCAGAAAUGUGACAUAGACAACAAAAGAAUAGCAAAGUAAAUAGUCGUUUAGAACAAAAUGUGUCCCGCAAUCCUAUCUUGUCAUAACAGUUGAACUGAAAUUCUGCGGUGAUAAAUUGUGAUUAGGUUCUGA